UUCUCACUUUAAACUUAACAGUCUCUCUUUCUCUUUCUCCAAAUCUCUGAUAAUUUUCACCAGAAUCUCUCUGUUUUUUUUUUUUUUUCACCAGAAUCUCUCUGUUUAAAAUAAUAGGUGAAAGGAGGGAUGUUGAUGGAUGAGUAUAUGGAUCUUAGACCAGUGAAGUACACAGAGCACAAGACUGUUAUCAGAAAGUACACUAAAAAGUCGUCUCUAGAGAAGAAGACCAGUGGUCGUGACUCGGCGAGGUUGGUUCGGGUGUCUAUGACGGAUCGUGACGCCACUGAUUCAUCAAGCGACGAGGAGGAGUUUUUGUUCCCUCGAAGACGUGUCAAGAGAUUGAUUAACGAGAUCAGAGUCGAGCCUAACUCCUCCUCCUCUGCUUCUCCGAUGAAGGACAGGAAAAGACUCACCGUUGAUUCUACGGUUCAAAAGCCCUCUGUUUCUGGCCAAAACCAGAAGAAAUACCGCGGCGUGAGACAGCGACCAUGGGGAAAAUGGGCGGCGGAGAUUCGUGAUCCGGAGCAACGCCGGAGAAUCUGGCUCGGUACUUUUGCAACGGCGGAGGAAGCUGCUGUCGUCUACGACAACGCAGCAAUCAAACUUCGUGGCCCUGAUGCUCUUACCAACUUCACCGUACCACCAGAACCCGAACCGGAACCAGAACAAGAACCGGAGAGCAACAUGUCGGUUUCGAUAUCAGAAUCAAUGGACGACUCUCAACAUCUAUCAUCUCCGACAUCGGUUCUCAACUACCAAACAUAUGUCUCGGAGGAGCCAAUCGAUAAUCUUAUCAAACCGGUUAAACAAGAGUUUCUUGAACCAGAACAAGAACCAAUAAGCUGGCAUCUUGGAGAAGGUAAUAACAAUAUUGAUGAUUCAUUUCCAUUGGACAUUCCAUUUCUCGACAACUAUUUCAAUGAAUCACUACCCGACAUCUCCAUCUUCGAUCAACCUAUGUCUCCUAUUCAAACAGAGAAUGAUUUCUUCAACGACCUUAUGUUGUUUGAUAACAACAACACAGAAGACAACCAAGUGUUCUUGGUCUAGUGGUUGCCACUUGUGGAGGAGU